UAUCUGGCAGCUGUAGAUGUGAAGAGAGAUGAACAAACACACCAGACCGAGACUGGAUGAUCUAUGUGCUGCACAGAAAACAUGCCAGACUCUGUGACCAGUUCAAAAUGGCAAAAGGUGAUACUGGUGUAAGAUGUUUCCAAGGCCUACUGAUCUUGGGGAAUGUUGUUCUGGGGUGUUGUGGCCUCGCACUCAUGGCAGAGUGCAUAUACUUCGUAUCAGAUCAACACACAUUGUAUCCAUUGCUGGAAGCUACUGACAAUGAUGACAUCUAUGGAGCUGCCUGGAUUGGGAUCUUCACUGGCUUCUGUUUCUUUUGUCUAUCUGUCCUUGGUAUUGUUGGUGUCUUGAAGUCAAACAGGACAAUGCUAUUGGUGUACAUCAUUCUGAUGAUGAUUGUCUUUGCUUUUGAAGUUGCCUCCAGCAUCACAGCAGUUGUGCAUCGAGACUUUCUCACACCCAAUCUCUUCUUGAAGCAAAUGCUGGAAAAAUAUCAGAACCCAAAUCCAGAGAACAAUGAUGACAAAUGGAAGAGUGAGGGUGUCACCAGGACGUGGAAUCGUCUCAUGGUGCAGGAUGACUGCUGUGGUGUGACUGGCCCAAGAGACUGGCAGAACUAUACCUCUGUUUUCAGGACAGUGAACAAUGAUGCUGAUUUUCCCUGGCCACGGCAGUGCUGUGUUAUGGAUGUCCUAGGGAAGCCAACGAACUUGGAUGGCUGUAAAUUAGGGGUGCCUGGAUAUUACCACGAAAUGGGCUGCUAUCAAACCAUUUCUGGCCCAAUGAACAGACAUGCUUGGGGUGUUGCCUGGUUUGGAUUUGCCAUUCUUUGCUGGGCUACAUGGGUCCUUCUUUGUACGAUGUUCUACUGGUGCCGAAUUGAAUAUUAAAAAAAAGCAACGUCUAGUCUAUUUGUUGCCCUUGGAGAGAUGUUUCCCCCACUCCCUUUUGUUUAUAUGAUGGCUGCAUGAUGUAUAUUUCUCUCUGGAAGUUUCGAAGAUCUCUCCUGAACCUUUCCUGUCCUUCUGCACAGUGCCUUUCACAUCCCUCCUUUCAACCAGGCAUUGACACUCACAAGAUGGAAAAUGAGUAGUCUGUUGUGUGUGUUGAAAUUUUCUCUUUGUUAAACACCAUUGGUUGACUAUACAAUGCCUAGAGAUGGCAAUGCAGGAAGACAGAACUCCAGAUACAUCAACCAGGUUGAAGCCACUUGUCUGGAGCAAGUAUGUUUCAAGCUCCAUCAAGUAUUACUAAAAUCAUAAUUUUCCACUUCUUUGUGAAUGUGUGUUGUCCUUUUCUCCAUUGCAGUGUAUGGACUACUUUUAAAGGGAACCAAUAUCUGUUAACAUAUAUGAGACAAGAAACAAUUUACAUGAAUCUAGAAAAUUUGGCUCCAAAGAGUGUUAGUCUGUUCAUUGUAGUGAUCACUGAACUACAUUUGUGAAGAAAGGGCUACCUCUUUCUGUUGAUCACUGAUAUCUAAG